CUCGAAGGCACCCGAAGACUCGUCGAAGAGAAACGAUCCAGUGAAACAAAAGGAACCGAGAAGACAAAGUUGAUCGAGAGACUAAGGUACAUCUCCAAAGAUGGCGGACGACGACCCUCAUCACCUAUCCGUCAUGUACGGAUGGUUCAAGUAUAGUGUGUCAAAGGCGCCUCCACAUAUCAUAGAUGCCAACGCAGAAAGAAGGAAUAUCGAAUACAUAGAGCCUUAUGGCAGAUGUUCGAUAGCUGCCCGGGACAUCAAAGAGGGAGAAGUCUUGUUCGUCGACCACCCUGUCAUCACUGGCCCGAAGCAGAACUGCGGCGUCAUGUGUCUGGGAUGCUACAGACAACUGGAAUCCUGGGAUGCUUACCGAUGCUCAAAAUGCUCAUGGCCGAUGUGUGGCCCGAAAUGCGAGGGGAUGGGAUACCACCCGAUGGAGUGCAAAUACUUCUCCGCCUCGGGAUACAAACCUUCUGCGGAGGAUUUUACUGAAGAGCAGUUCGUCUACGAGUCCUUUCUGCCUCUGAGGUGUUUUUGCCUUCAGCAAGCGGAGCCUGAGAAAUACCAGACGUUGAUGGCGAUGCAGAGUCACGACGAGGAGAGGAGAGGAACAGAACUAUGGAAUAGAGAACAGAAAAACAUCGUGGACUUCUUGAUAGAGAAAGUGAAGGUUCCUGUAGAAGACUCUCUUCUCCAUACCAUCAUCGGUGUUCUGGACGUCAACUGCCACGAGGUCCGAAGCAAUAUACCCGGCACCAAGGACGAGUACCGGGUAAGAGGAAUAUACCCACUGUGCGCAAUGAUGUCCCACUUCUGCUGCAACAAUACCCAUCAUACCCUCAUGGAUGAUAUGUCAAUGGUCGUGCUGGCCUCCAGACCUAUCAAGAAGGGCGAGCAGAUCACAGCUUCUUAUACACACAUCUUGUCAGCCACCAUGGAACGUCGCAAGCACCUGAAGUUUGGCAAAUUCUUCGACUGCGUCUGCGACCGCUGCAAAGAUCCUACGGAAAUGGGCACCUAUUUUGGAGCUCUCCAGUGCUCGCAGCCUGGCUGCGGUGGCAACAUUCUCUCCACAGACCCCAUCCGCCUCACUAAUGAUGCUCCUUGGAGAUGCGAUCGCUGUCGGUACCAGAUUCCCUCCGAAACAGUCGAGCGCUUAAACAAAAUAGUUUACUGGGAACUGAGGCAAGUAGCCGAGGAUGAUCCCUCGGCCUUGGAGUCCAUCUUUAAGAAGUAUCAGUUCGUGUUUCAUCCACAACACUUCCAUCUGAUAGGCCUGAAGCAUUCGCUUUCACAGCUGUAUGGUAGAGUGAAGGGCUUCCUGCUCUCAGAGUUGAACGAGGCCCACUUAAGAAGGAAGGUCGAAUGCUGCAAAGAUCUGCUCAAAGUCUUAGACACGUUAGAUCCAGGAGUUUCACGCCUUAGAGGAUUGACACUGUACGAGCUGCACGCACCACUCAUGCUGCAAGCAAAUAAAGCCUUCCAGAGCUGCACCAUCACAAAGAAGGAAUUCCUAGAGAGGUUGCAAGAGGCCGAGGGAUACUUGACAAGGACUAUCUACUGCCUCCGGUUCGAACCGGUUUCAUCUUUCGAGGGCGAAAUUUGCAAGAUCUCAAGAAACUCCAUCCAAGAGCUUCGAUCCUGGAUUGAGACGGUGAAGUCGCUUCCAAACAAGCACUUUCUGCCAGAGAAGGAGGAACUGCAACCAGUCUCCCUCAGUGAGGAAGACCUGACACUUGAGAGUCUACUUCGAAAACUCGAGGAGCAAUAACAAACGAUGUAGGCUCCAGAAAAUGUUUUUUUUUUUUUUUUUUUUUUUUUUUUUUUUUUUUUUUUUUUUUUUUUUAGAUAUUUUGGUCGUCUUUCGCGCCAUUUAUUUUUUAUUCAAGCUUUCAGAGGCAGUGGAAUAAUUUCUUGCGAUUUUGGUUAAUGAAAAACAUUCGUAUUGCUUGCUGAAUGAAAAACCAUAAUGGUGUUGAGAGAAUUACUGUUGGAGAAUAAAACAGGUUACUUUGAACAAGUUGCUAUUUUGUAUGUUGUGUAUGACUACUAUGGACGCAAUUAAUUCUGAACAAGUGGUAUUUACUGAGUUAUUUAUCUAUUUAUUUAUUAUAAAUUUACGAAGCUCAUAACUUUCCCAAAGGAUCUUAUUACUAAGGAAUUAUGAUAUUUUCAAAGAGUUCAUGAGGAUUAUUUUUACUCGGCGAUUUGUGUUUCUGCUUCCUGUAGGUGUAUUCUUACAAAGGUAUGUGUGUGUGCUUAGACUUCCGUGUUCAUUUCCAAAAGUAUAUUGUAGAUGUUACUUUACCUAUCUGUCUUGAUCGAGACAUUUACCGCGAUGAAAGUAUUCUGAACAGCAGAAAAUAUUGUAACGAAACUUGCAGUUGUACUAUGAAGCAAUUGUUAGAAGAGGGCUUAAAGUAAGAUGGAAGAAAGAGAAUAUGAAAGGAGGUACAGUAAAAGGAACGAAAUGGGUUGCAGCAAGGGGCCGAAGGCACGCUGCAAAGAACCUUAAGUAAUGCCUACAGUGCACCGCAUGAGGUGCACUGACGGCACUACCCUCCAUAUGGGGUCAACUCAAUUCAGUAACGAGCUUUCCGAAGCGUCUCGUGAUUUCGUGAGCAUUAUAUGACUGGAAUAUCAAACGCCAGGACACUGUGAAUGAACAGUAAAACCUGCUCCUGGAGAUAAGUGAGUACACGAUGUCUUUGAGACAUCCUAAUCCUUGUAACUCUCGUCAUAUUGUUAAAACAUCGGAAGAUGUUAUUCAUUGUUUCUUAUGUCCAUUUCGGAAUCAUCUCUGUUCCGUGGCACGUGGAAGUUGAAACUUGAUGGUCGAUUUGUUGAGAUUAUUUCUCGCGACUUCGUGGAUAUUGUAUAUUAAAAAAAAUAUUUUGUACAAUAAAGUAGAAUAAUUUUGUGCA